AUGGUGGACUGCGUCCACAGCAGCCUCUGCCUCUUCAUGCACCGCAACGCCAUAUUCCUCUGCGAGCGCCUCAGCGUGCAGUUCCCCUCCGAGACCAAUGCGCAAUUGCUAGCGACCUUCUACCUCCACAACAACCAGCCAUAUGCUGCAUACCACAUUUUGAAAGGGAGGAAGCUGCCGGAGUCCCGUUACUUGUCUGCUACAUCAUGCUUUCGAAUGAACCUCUUGCUUGAAGCAGAAGAAACUCUAUGUCCAGUCAAUGAACCAAACAUGGAGGUUCCAAGUGGAGCAACAGGACACUACCUCCUUGGAGUGAUUUACAGGUUUAUUAUUCAUGGUGUUGCUGAAGAUACUGAUGAGUGUUUUAAUGAAUCAACUGUUCUACGCCUCCAGCAGGAACACACAUCCAUGUCCACUCUGGUGAAGUCAAACUCUGCCAAUGAAAAUCGAGUUCUGUCAUCCAGUAUCUCUGCAAGUCUUGGGGAUAUUAGUCCUAAGCAAAUCAAACAGCUUCAUGCUAACAACAUAGCAGAAGUACCUGGCUAUCCUCAUGUAAGAGCAACUGCAUUGCAUGUGCAGAACAGUGCAACCUCUAACGUAGCACACUUUGACGCCCCAUCACCAACUGCAGCACAGACUUCUGGUAUCAUGCCACCACCACUCUUUAGGAAUGUCCAUGCUUAUCAGAAUACAAUAAGUGGUGAUGCUCCCAUGAAACAAAAAGCUAAUGGAGCAAGCCAACCACUUAGAAGGAAAUGCUUGGAUGAAGCAAGGCCAAAGAAGGUUGGGGUCUUUCAUUUGAUUGCUAUCAUUGAAUGCUGCUACUUGUAA